CUGACAAAUUAUCACCUCGAAGUCAGCCUUUUAUUUUUUUGGGAUAUAGUGGUUUCUACAAGGGUUUUUGGUGUUAAGAUCCUGACACUCAGUGCACAUUUAUCACUCGUCAUGCUCAAUUUGAUGAACAUUAUUUCCCAUUCUCUGGUGCUCCCGAUUCAUCUCAACCAUCUUUGUUGGAGUUCUCCACCUUCUCUGAAUCUCCACCUACCUCACAUCCUACCCCUAAAUUACCCUCUCAUACUCCACCACCUACUCCCAUUUCUGGACAGCCCAAUCCGUCGUGCAAAGCAUGUGUUCCAUGAUUCCCUCCAUCCGUCACUUCCGUAUUACCGCCACCACCCCCCUCCUCUGUCACCUCCAUCUCCUACCCCUCCCUUGUCACCUCCAGCCCUUCCUCCUCCCCUCCACCAGCCAUCUCCACCCAUCUGAUGAUCACUCAGUUCGAGGCAAGUCUAGCAUUUUUAAAACUAAGCAUCCUGUUGAUUUGACAUCUUCACCAUUAAUCUCAACUUUGGUUGCUUCCUCUGUGCCCCGUGGCAUCAUGUAUGCCAUAAAAUCCCUCAAUGGAUUGCCGCCAUGAAUGAAGAAAUGCACGCUAUUCAGUCAAACAACACUUGGGAUUUAGUCUCACGACCUCCCAAUGCUAAUGUUGUUGGCUCUAAAUGGGGUUUUCGCACCAAAUUCCGAGCUGAUGGGACUAUUGAACGUUACAAGGCUCAGCUUGUAGCCCAAGGGUUCACUCAAAUACCCGGGAAUAUUUCUCACAAUUUUAGCUCUAUUGUGAAGGCAACCACAGUCCAGGUCAUUCUGGCUCCCUCACUACAUCAUCAGGACGUUAACAAUGCCUUAUUAAACGGUACUCUUUCCAAACCCGUUUAUAUGGCUCAACCUUCGGGCUUCAUUGAUCCUCACUUCUCCGAUCAUGUUUGUCAGCUGAAGAAGGCUCUUUAUGGACUCCGCCAAGCUCCCUUCGCAUGGUUUCAUCGGUUCAUCACCUUUCUCUCUCAUAUGGGAUUCCGUGAGAGUCAAUCUGACUUGUCUCUUUUCUUCCUUCAUCGAAGACCUUCCAUCAUUUAUCUAUUACUUUACGUUGAUGACAUCAUCCUUACGGGAAAUGAUCCAACUUUACUUGGGGAUCUUAUUCAGCGAAUUCACAGAGAGUUCUCCAUUAAAGAUCUCGGGCAACUCAGCUAUUUUUUGGGUCUAGGGGUCUCCUACACACCGCACGGUUUAUUUCUUGGUCAAUCUAAAUAUUCUUGUGAUAUCUUGGACCAUAUUGAUCUGCUAGACUCCAAACCUGUCUCUACCCCACAAGUGGCCGAUGAAAUCUUGGUUAACACUAGUUCUUCCUUUUCCAAUCCGAUUCUUUAUCGAUCUAUUGUCGGUGCCCUGCAAUAUCAUACUAUUACCUGUCCCGAUUUGUCCUUUACGAUCAACCUUGUCAGUCAAUUCUUACACUCGCCAAUAGAUGAUCACUUUUAGGCUGUCAAACGGAUUCUUCGAUAAGUUCAUGUUAAAGGGAAUAUUCAUUAUGAUUUGUCAUUUGAUCGUCGCCCGAAUCAGUCUAUUCUUGCCUACUCAGAUGAUGAUUGGGCAUGGUGUGCCGAGAUUCGUCGUUCCACCUAUGGAUAUUCUAUCUUUCUUGGCAGGAAUCUUGUCUCUUAGAGUGCUAAAAAGCAACCUUCCGUCUCUCGUUCUAGUUGUGAAUCGGAGUAUCGUGCUCUAGCCAACACUCUGUUUCUGAAGUCAUUUGGUUAGUAAACCUGCUUCAAGAACUUCAAGCUUCUCCACGUUCUACACCUCUUCUUUUAUGUGAUAAUAAAAGUGUUGUCUUUUUUUAGUCAAAAUCCUACUACACAUAAAUGUGCAAAGCAUAUUGACAUUGACUAUCAUUUUGUGUGCGCGUGAAUUGGUAUCCUCGGGUGGUUUACAUACGUAGUUUAUUCCAUCUCAUCUAUAGGUUGCUGAUAUAUUCACCAAAAGUCUUCCUCGACAUGCGCUUGAAUUUUUGUAAUUCACAUUUAAUAGUGUUAAAUGUGAAUUAAAUGGCUAAUAUAUUUUUCCUUGUGUAUCAUUUCAGCCGAUAUGUAUUUGAUUUUCUUACCUUUAUUCCUAUACUGUAUCAAUUCUUCGCUUAACCCAGUGUGAAUAAAAUACACUUCUUACGCA